UUGAAAACAAACGAUGUGAUCUCCUCGCUCAUUUGAAUAUUUCGAUUUCACAAGCCAAGACGAAACGGUUUGCAGCCAAGGUUCUUGCUAUUUAUUUAAUACCUUUGUUUUUGAUGUACUGGUGAUAAAUAUAGUAAAAGUUUUUAUAUUAUAAAACAACCUUUUAUCAUAAAAUGGUGAAACUGAGAAGUCCUGCUCUUCAAAGAUCACAACAGGUUUUCAAGUUUGUCGCCCAGUUCACCCUGGUUGUGAGUUUGGUGACGCAGUGGUGCGUUUUAUGGCCAGUGGCCCUAUGUUCCCAGCCAUUCCCCUUAUCUAUCUCCUGGGCGUCAAGCGACUGGGAGUCACUGGUGUUCUGGCUCUCCUACGACAUUGGCAGACUCGAAAUAGCAUGCAGAACUCACAGCCACUACUACUGUCUGGAUCUGUACAGGACCCAGAAUCCCUACUUGAACGACACGGAAAACCUAUCACAGCCAGCCUAUGACAUACAGGCUGUAAGAGCCUGGUUCGGAAUCCUCAUUCAGGACCAGUGGCAUAGAAUCAACAUGGUAGAUUUUGAGAAUCCAGGUUACUGUUGUGUAUCUCAAACGAUGAAAUAUCUCGUGCAUGGACUGCACAACAAGAGGUGGGAUCCUGAACAGUAUAUGGCCAAACUGAUAGAUUAUGACGACGAAAACAAACCACUCAACUUUAUUAUGGCUAUAAAAUCUCCACUGUCGUCAUGUGAAAACAUAAUUGUCAAGGUCGGAUUUGGGCCGGGAAACUUAAGACGAAGCCACGGCGAUAGUGUUAUACCUGGUGCUCCAUACACGAUAGCCGGGAGGCAGUUGCAACCCAUUGGAAUUCCCCACAUUGACAGUGUGCAUUUCGAUUUCUUUGAUCCCGGCCAGGAGCUUACUUUUCACUGGUUCAAACACAACAUCAUGUGCAAGGAUAACGCUUGGAUCUGCGAGAAGGAAGUAACACCCAAAAAAGAAAAAAAGCCGAAAAAUGAAGGGUCUGGCUCAGGGUCAUCUGGCAACAAAAAAAGCCAAAGAAAAAAACAAACCAAGGCAGAAAAACAAAACAGGGUAAAACAGAGCUGA